AUGACCAUUCAAACCGCAAAGGCUUCGGCCAUGGAGAAGAAGAAGAACGCCGUCAAUGCCUUCAAGAGCUGGGACAACUUCAAGCAAUGGGUUCUUGUACCGGACACUGCGCUCGACCGACACUCAAAUGGGGAGACGGGCGCAACAUGGUCGAACGAGGAUCUUGACCCGACGCCCCCAGAGAGACGUACCUGGCGGUGGUAUAACUAUGUCAUCUUCUAUUUCGCCUUGUCGUUCGGAAAUUGGACCCUGGGAUCGAGUCUGAUUGGUAUAGGCCUCAACUACUGGCAGGCCAUUCUCGCCAUCUUCAUCUCGCAAUUCAUCAGUUCCAUCGCUAUGUUGUUCAACUCGCGCUGUGCCUCGGUAUACCAUGUUGGAUAUCCGAUCGUUGCGAGAAGUGUGUUUGGCAUGUGGGGUUCUUACUACUUCGUGGGUGCUAGAGCAAUCUUGGCUGUCGUCUGGUUCGGUGUACAAGCCUUCUCGGGUGCCUCGCUGGUCGCCAACAUGCUGCGUGCCAUCUUUGGACACAACUACACGGAUAUUCCCAACCACAUUCCCCUUUCUCAAGGAAUCACCUCGGCGGGCAUGCUCGCCUUCUUCCUCUUCUGGUUGGCUCAUUUCCCCCUGGCUGUGUUGCGCCCUUACCAGUUGCGCACCUUCUUCAAUGUCAAGACAGUCCUUAUGAUUCCUGCCGUCUGGGGCUUGUUCAUCUUCUGCAUGGCCAACACUGGAGGUCAGUUGGGUACUGGUAAGCUCUCUGAAGCUGCUGGUGUGAGCGCGUCUGGCAGGUGGGGAUGGUUCUUCAUGAAUGCAGUAAAUGCUGGUCUCGGAAACACUGCUACUCUAAUCACCAACCAGCCUGAUAUUGCUCGAUGGAGCAAGACCAGAUCAGGCGCCAUGUGGUCGCAGAUGAUCACCAACCCUAUCGCUGUCACUCUUUCUGCUAGCUUGGGUAUCUUGUCUACCGCCGCAAUCAACAACGCAUGGGGUCUUUCGCUCUGGAACCAGUGGGAUCUACUGGACGCGAUUAUGGACAGAUACUGGAGAAGCGAUGUACGCUUUGCAGUCUUCCUUACCGCCGGAUGCUGGUCAGUCAGUCUUUUGGGUACCAAUGUCGCUGCCAACAUGAUUCCCUUUGGUGCAGACUCUAGCAUGUUGUUCCCUAGAUUUAUCACCAUCCCCCGUGGUCAAUUCCUGGUCACCUGCUUGGGCUUUGCAAUUGUACCCUGGAAGAUUCUGGCCUCUGCUGGUGUCUUUACGACCUUCCUGGCUGGCUACGGUCUUUUCAUGGCUUCCGUUGUCGCCAUCAUGAUCUGCGAAUACUUCUUGCUCACCCGCGGUAACCUCUUCAUCGCCCACUGCUACAAUGGCGACAAAGGAAACCCUCACUACUACUACAUCAAAGGCUGGAACAUCCAAGCCGUCAUCGCCUACCUUUGCGGCAUCGCCCUUCCAUUCCCCGGCUUCGUUGGAAGUCUCGGAGCCAAUGUCAGCACUACAGCACUUAACAUGGGUCAUCUCGGUUGGAUGUUGAGUUUCACGACCAGUUUCGUGCUCUACUGGCUCAUCUGCUUGGUUUGGCCCACAGAGAACCAGAAGAUCAUCAAGCAGAUGGGAUUGAGAUUUGAAGAGAUGGCUGAGAGAGACAUGAUGGCACUGGACGGCACUGUUAUCCCUGAGAGUGCCGAGGGUAUGUCUGAGGACCAGGUCGGCUGGGAUGAUGCUGAGAAGAAGAGUGCUGCCUUCGAUUCGCGCAGACUUAGCGACUAA